GAUCUAAAACAAGUUUUAUAUUUCGAUUUAAACGUAUUUUCCAGUCCGCUGCAAUGAUUCUGCUAGAAAUCAACAACCGUUUAGAAGAGACGCUGACGUUAUUUGACGGCGCAUCCAAUGGGACAAAACCAGAGGCAGUGGAGGUGACAUUUGCAGAUUUCGAUGGUGUCCUCUACCACAUCUCCAACCCCGAUGGGGACAAGACCAAGCUGAUGGUCAGCAUCUCCCUCAAGUUCUACAAGGAGCUGCAGGAGCACGGAGCUGAUGAGCUGCUGAAGCGGGUCUAUGGGAACUUCCUGGUUUCACCCGAAGCGUGCUACAACGUGUCCCUGAUCUUUGACCUGGAUGCGGUCCCGGCCAACAAGGAAGAAGUGAUCCACCAGGCGGGCAUGCUGAAGAGGAACUGCUUCGCCUCGGUGUUUGAGAAGUACUUCAAGUUCCAGGAGGAGGGCAAGGAGGGAGAGACGAGGGCCGUGGUCCACUACAGAGACGACGAGUCCAUGUAGGUGGCCGCUGCA